AUGGCCGCUACAGGCAAGAAAUCAAAGAAGGCAAAAUGGAUCAAAGCGAACAUGGGUGUCAUCAUUGCGGAGCCGACGACGAUAGCGACGACAAACAAUUGGGCCGACUCUGUAGAUGAAGAAACUGAAAGCUAUGGUGGCUAUGCAGCUCGGCGUCCGCCGGUGGUACUACCAUCGGCUUCACGGGCUGCACGAGGUGGUAUGGCUGUUGAUGAAGAGAGCAUACCGCGCCACCCACCAUUCAUCGCUCACAUCUCAAACUUGCCCUAUGAUGUGGAGGAGAGUGCCAUUGCUGAUUUGUUUGCUGGCCUCAAGAUUACCAACUUGAGACUUCCCCGUGAAGGUGGUCGCCUCAAAGGAUUUGGCUAUGUAGACUUUGAAGACAGAGAAAGUCUUGUUAAUGCAAUGAACAUUGAAGACCUGACAGUUGGUGGCAGGAGAAUAAGAAUAGAAGUCUCCAACAAUGAUAAUGACCGCCGUAUGGGCAGAAGUGGCAGGUCUGACCGUGACAGGGAUUACGAUCCAGAGCGCACAAUGGGCGACUGGCGGUCCGGACCGCGUGCUCAACCAGAGUCUCAGGCGCGGGCUCGAACCAUGGAUAGAGAUCGAGAACGGGACCGUGAGAGAGAAUCAAGCACUGACAACAAGCCUGGCGGUUGGCGAGAUGGUGAACGACAAGCGCCCGCUGAACCAGCUAGAACUCCAUAUGGUGGCAGGGACUCUUAUGGGCGUGACCGCUAUGGUGAUGAUCGUGGACGAGAGCGGGGAGGAUUUGGCCGCGAUGGUUUUCGAUCUGAGCGAGAUGGUUUUGGAAGUCGCGACGGUCGAGGAUUUGGUGGAAGAGGAUUUGGUGACCGUGACCCACUACCGCGAGAAGAAAGCAAACCUCGUGAGCGUCCAAAACUAAAUCUACUCCCGCGCACCGUGCCACGUGAGCCAGAGGUGCCUGUGAAACCAGCAGAUGGAGCACCAGUUGAUGACAAGCCAGAAAAACCGAAACCUGUCCCAGCUGAAAAAGUGUUUGGUGCUGCAAAGCCAGUGGACACUGCUGCUAAAGAGCGUGAAAUAGAGGAGCGUCUUCGGAAACAAGAGGAAGAAGCUAGACGCGCUGCUGAAGAAAAAGAACGUUGGGGUCGUAGGAGUGAUCACUCCAGUGACCGUCGUGGUGGUGCCAGACGAGACGACCGUGGCAGAGACUCGCGCAGCUAUAACAGAGAUCGGCGCGACUAUUCUAAAGAUGACAGAGAUCGGCGUGAUUAUUCCAAGGAUAACAGAGAACGUCGCGACCAUUCAAGAGAGAGACGCGAUUACUCGAAAGAGGAUAGGGACCGCCGCGACAGAGACGAUAGAGACCGCCGCGACAGAGACGAUAGAGACCGCCGCGACAGAGACGAUAGAGACCGUCGCGACAGAGACGAUAGAGACCGCCGCGAAAGAGACAAUAGGGACCACCGUGAUUACAGAGACGAUCGCGACGGGCGAGACUCACGCGAUCACAGAGAUGAAAGGGAUACACGCGAUUACAGGGAUGACCGGGACAGACGCGAUUAUAGUCGAGAGAGAGACCGGCGAGACUAUUCUGGCGAAAGAGAUGAUAGAUCCCGCAACGAUAAGGCUAGGGAGUCGUCCCCAGAGGCACGGAAAGAAUCGCGUAAUGAUGAGGAUCGCGAACAAAAUGGUCGCGAAAGGCCGAGUCGCUCACGUGAGAGGCACGACGAUCGCGAAGAUAAACCCUUGCCGAAGUUAAAAGAACAAGAGAAACCAAUUUUUGUUGCGUCAAAUAAAUUCAGCUUCUUGGAGGACGCCGACGACGGUGAAUCCGACUAA